AUGGCACUUGCCUUCCACAACCACACCAUUCCCCAGGAUGCAUGGUAUAUCCUGACUGGAAUCCCAGGAAUGGAGUACUUGCACCCUUGGAUUUCCAUCCCUAUCUGUUCUAUGUACAUUGUGGCAGUUGUGGGCAACGUCUCUUUGAUUUUCCUGAUAGCGAUCGAGAGAAGUCUCCAUGAGCCCAUGUAUCUCUUCCUUUCCAUGUUGGCUUUAGCAGAUGUGCUGCUUUCCACAGCCACAGCCCCCAAGAUGCUGGUCAUCUUUUGGUUCCAUUCCACUGCUAUAUCAUUUGCCAGCUGUGUAACCCAGAUGUUCUUCAUACAUUUCAUCUUUGUGGCAGAAUCUGCAAUUCUCUUGGCCAUGGCAUUUGACCGCUAUGUGGCCAUCUGUGACCCACUGAGAUACACCACAAUCCUAACCUCUUCAGUCAUUGGGAAGAUUGGCAUAGCAACAGUGGUAAGGAGCUUAAUGAUUUGCUGUCCAUUCAUCAUCCUGGUAUAUCGACUGACAUAUUGUGGGAGAAACAUCAUUCUUCACUCCUACUGUGAGCACAUGGGCAUUGCCAGAUUGGCCUGUGACAAUAUUAAUGUCAACAUCGUUUAUGGCCUGACAGUGGCCCUACUCUCUACAGGACUGGAUGUAGUGUUCAUCAUUAUGUCCUACACAAUGAUCCUACACACAGUAUUUCGGAUACCUUCCUGGGCUGCCAGAUGUAAGGCUCUUAACACAUGUGGUUGCCACAUCUGUGUCAUCUUUAUGUUCUAUACACCUGCAUUUUUUUCAUUUUUUGCCCAUCGUUUUGGAGGUAAAACCAUCCCACAUCACAUACACAUCCUCGUGGCGAACCUCUAUGUGGUGGUGCCACCUAUGCUCAAUCCCAUCAUUUAUGGCAUAAAGACAAAGCAAAUUCAAGAUCGCAUUAUUUUAUUCUACUCCUCUGUUAACACAUGUUGCUGA